GGCGCCGGGCGGAGGCGCCGCCGCCACGAUGGGGCAGCGGUGGGGCGCGGCCGCGCUGCUCCUCGCCCUGGGGCACCUGGCUGGGCUGCUGGCUUCGGGCACGACGUGCAGGAACGUUUACCAAGGCUUCUCCGACUGCGUCUUAAAGCUGGGGGACAACAUGGCCACGUACGAGGAGGCGGACGGCGUCGAGCUGCAGGGAUUGCGCCGAGUCUGCGGGUACUGGGACGAGUUUCACGCGUGCGCCCUGGCAGCGCUCUGGGAGUGCCAGCAGGAAGCAGCGGCCGCCUGGGAGGUGCUGAAACGGGAGUCUCGAAAGCUCAAAUUUCCAGGGAGCCUGUUUGAGCUCUGCAGCCCCGGCCGAGCCCGGAGCUUUGCCCGGCCGCGCGUUCCGAACGUCUCCGUCCUCGGGAUCCCUCUCAUGGUCGCUUGGCUGAACUUGUAA